UGCCCAGUCGCUGAUAGUGCUCCCGUGAACCGCCCUGCCCAGCGCGGUCUCUCCAGAUCCAGAUCUCCCUGGCCCCUCCGUCGCUCUCUGCUCUUCGAGAUUCAAUCCCCCCGGCCCGUGCUGGCUUGUCGAUCCGGUCUGGCAAUCGGCGGAACCUGCUCGCUCGCUGCGAAAAGAGUCUCCUCCUCCUCCUCCUCCAUUACUGUCGCCUGGUCCGCUACCCACGAGACGCGCCACGGACCACUUCUUGCGGCCCUUUACGUCGACGCAUGCGCAUCGCUGGGCCUCGUCGCUCAGCCAAUCUCUCUCUGCCUGGAACUACAUCCCCGACUUCUUCCCACCCAUCCUCUCUCCCUCCUCUGUCCGCUCUCGUUCCCUUUUCGCCGUCGUGUGUGCCUUUGGCCUCUGCAUUAUUGUCCAUCUCCCUUGUUCCUUCCUCGCCAUCGUGCGGUUCGACUGCGACUGUGA